AUGCCACGUAAGCUACGUAAGAAUAUACGUAAGAGGAAGAGAGCAUUGAAACAUCCAAUAGUAAAACUGACACCACAACAACAGUUGCAACAACAAAUGAUGAAUGACCCCACUAUGUUGCAACAAAUGUCAAGCAACCCUAUGCUUUUAAACCGAGUUAUUGGUGCACAGAGUGGAGGUUUAAGAGCGGCACUUUUAGCGAAAAUGGCAGGCUAUGGUGGAGCUGCAGACGGAACAGCUUAUAACCCUCAAAGUCAAAUGAAUUUGAGUUCACUCAAAAAUCAAAUAACAGAUGUCAAAAAGUCAAACAUAGACAUACAGAAACAAAUAAGUGAAAACGAAAAGAAACUAGAAUAUGACAGACACACAAAGAAACUCAAUGAGUUAAACGUAGAGAAAAAGAAGAAAGAAGAACAACUGAAAGAACUAAGUACAGAGGAAUAUGCGAAAAAAGUGUCAGAAAAAGCAGCAGAAGUAGCAAAAAUGGAACAAGAUGUUAUAAAUUUGAAAAACCAUACUACUCAAUAUAA